CCCACCCUCACGAAUCAUUUUUAAGACUCGCAGAGCUCCAUUUUCGUUUCUAUUCGCUUCUCUCGCCUUCGAUCUCUCUCGCUCCCCUCGCUGAUUUCUCCGAGCAAGAAGAAGAGAGAGAGAGAGAGAGAGAAGGAAAACCCCCUCAAAAGAGAAACCCUAACUCUCCUCUUCUUCUUCUUGUUCUUCUUCGUCUUCUUCCUCUCGAUUUUCGUUUUCAGAGCCGAGUUUGCUUCCGCGCUUGCCUUCUGAUCCGCGAGCACGUCUUUCAGCACUCGUCGCGAUCGCAAUCUGAAAAAAACGAACGAGCAGACAGAGAGAGCGAGAGGGGAAGAAGCCAUGGCCGCCGUCAACAACUACGCCGAGAAUCCGCAAGAGAGGUACCAAGGCAAUACUCUGGCAGCCGCGCCGCCUUCCAAGCAGCCUCUACCCGCGGCGAAGAGCGUCGACACCCAGUCCGUGCUCAAAAGGUUGCAAUCUGAAUUGAUGGCUUUAAUGAUGAGUGGUGAUCCUGGGAUAUCUGCAUUCCCAGAGGAAGAUAACAUAUUCUGCUGGAAAGGGACAAUCAUCGGAAGCAAAGGCACGGUGUUUGAAGGGACGGAGUACAAGCUCUCUCUUUCCUUCCCAAAUGACUACCCUUUCAAGCCCCCAAAAGUCAAGUUUGAGACUGCUUGCUUUCACCCCAAUGUUGAUGUCUAUGGCAACAUUUGCUUGGACAUUUUGCAGGACAAGUGGUCAUCUGCUUAUGAUGUCAGAACCAUAUUGCUCUCUAUCCAGAGUCUUCUUGGAGAACCGAACACAAGCUCGCCUUUGAACACCCAAGCAGCACAGCUAUGGAGCAAUCAGGAAGAGUAUAGGAAGAUGGUGGAGAAGCUGUACAAACCUCCAAGUGCUUAGAGUUGGAGCGGGAGAAUGGUUCCUGGAAUGUGGUUGCAAAAGAGGUGGCGGAUUCUUUUGUUCGUUUCAGUGUGUUUUUACUUUCUUUGGGCAGAUUUGCCCCGGAAAUGUCUCUCUUGUAUUCGAUGGAUGACCAAUAUAAAGUUAGCUGCUUGAGACAGAGUAUUUGGAAUGGA